AUGACAGGUAAAGUAAAACUGCCAAGAAAAAAGAAACCUGUGAAAUUCUCGGAAGAAGCUGACUCGGAGACCAUUUACAUCAAAGAAGAGAUUGAAGAAAGCCCAGAACAAGUAAAAUUUCCUCUUCGUAGAAAAUCAUCAACUACUCCUUAUAAUGUUGAAGAAGUAGAAGAAGAAAUACAGCUUGGUUUGAGGAGUGCAAAGCCAAGGAGUGCCAGUGUAGUAUAUGAGGAGGAGUCUCUCGAACUUAAAGUGAAGAGAAAACCAUCGAAACCAUCUAUUACCUCAUUUCAUCAAGAAGGUGCAUCUUUACAAAUUACAAAACUUGUUGAAGAGUUUGGAGAAAGUGAGACAAAAACAGAAGGAGGUCAGCUUCUUUUCUCAAUCUGUUCUUACACAGCAGAAACAGAUGAUGCCCUCAAUUUAGUUGAAGGAGAGAGAGUUUAUAUUAUAGAAAGUACUAAUUCAGACUGGUGGUUUGUGAAGAAACACCUGACUGAGGAAAAAGGAUGGGUUCCAGCAGUUUAUUUAAGAGAUGAACCUUCUUACACACUUUAUGUUCAGAAAAAACUGCAUGAAAAAAUAGAUAAACUACCUAUCUUUGAAAAACCUGGACCAGGCACUGAAGUCAAUGCUCCCAAAUUUGUAGAAAAAUUGCAACCUAAACAUGUACCUGAUGGUGCAACUGUCCAAUUUGAAUGUAAGGUUGUAGGAAAUCCACGCCCUCAAAUCACAUGGUUUAGGCAGACUGCUAUUAUUAAACCAUCGCAUGACUUCCAGAUUUUCUAUGAUGAUGACAAUGUAGCUACUUUGAUUAUCAGUGAAGUAUUCCCUGAAGAUGCUGGAACAUUUACAUGUGUUGCAAAAAAUGCAGCAGGAUUUGCUUCUAGUACUACUGAACUAGUUGUAGAAACGCCACUUUCCGAUCAUGGAUCAGAAACUGGUGGCUUAUCUCGUAGAAGUUUAUCGAGGGAAUCAUCUCUUGCUGAUAUCUUAGAAGGGAUCCCUCCAACAUUUUCUAAGAAGCCUAAGGCAAAAGUUGCUCCUGUUGGUUCAAAUGUUGAACUAGAGGUUCGCUUGGUUGCUGUACCAGAACCAGACAUAAUAUGGUCAUUUAAAGGAAAACAAAUCACUAUUGAUCAGAAUAAAACAAUUAUUACUUCCUCAGAUAUGCACAUGUACAGCAGUAUCCUCUCACUCAAAAAUAUCACUCAAGAGGAAGAGGGUACUUAUACCGUUGUAGCAAAAAAUAGAGAAGGUGAAGCUUCACUGGAUAUUACUCUCAAGUUGAAACCAAAGGGUGAGGAGGGUCCUUUUAUUGUAGAGCCUUUAAGGGAUGUUUCAGCAACUGAGGGAGAAGGAAUCAUUCUGAGUACCACAGUUACUGGGUCACCAUCUCCCAAGGUAACUUGGUUAAAAGAUGGAAAUCCUGUGAAAGGAACUGAAGUUAGUGGUGAUACUUACACUCUCACUUUGAGGGAUGUGAAACCUAUUGAUGCGGGUAAAUACAUCCUUAAAGCGACCAACAAGCGUGGCACUGUUGAGACAUCAGCUCAACUCAAUGUUCUUGAACUGAAACGUGCACAAGCUCCAUUAUUUGUUGAAAGAUUUGAAGAACAGAAAGUUCAAGAAAAAGGCACUAUAAGAUUAACAGCUAAAGUCAUUGGCAAUCCCAUUCCAUCAAUAACUUGGUUAAGAAACAAUAAAACAUUACUGGCUUCUCCAAGAAUCACAGAAAUGUUCGAUGGUGAACAGAUUCUCCUUGAAAUUGAGAAAGCUGAUUCUGAACAAGAUUCUGGGGAUUAUAAAUGUGUUGCCACUAACCCAAUAGGAAGUGCAACUCAUGGAGCCAGGGUCACUAUAGAUGUUGCUAAAGUUACUUUCACUAAAUCUUUACCAAAAAUAUCUGAGAGUCGUGAAAGCUAUCCAUUAACUCUAGAAUGUGAAACAUCACACACUGUUUCAACAACAUGGUAUCACAAUGGAGUUGAACUUAGUGGUAUGGACCAUAGAGAGCUGGUACAAGAAGGCAGAAAGCAAAUGUUAGUUUUUAAACGUGUACUAGCUACUGAUAAAGGAACUUACACUUGCUCUGUGAAAGAUCAGAAAACAUCAACAACUCUCAAGGUUCAAGAGGUGAAACCAGAUUUUGUGAGAAAACUUGAAGAUUUUGAGGUCAAAGAACAAGAAUGUGCUGUUCUUGAAGUUGAAAUUUCUUCAGAGGCUGCUAAUGUGAUUUGGGAAAAGGAUGGCAUGCCAUUGGAACCUAUCAAAGAUAAGAUUGAAAUAGAAAAGAGAGGUCCUAUUCAUAAAUUAUUUAUCAGGAGUACAUCUGUACACGAUGAAGGUGAAUAUACCUGUCGUCUUGGCAAUGAAGAGUGUACUGCUGAAGUCACAGUAAUUGAAUUACCUCCUGAAAUUUUGACUCCAUUGAGUGAUACAACAGUUCCCCGUGGAGAAAAGGCCCUUUUUGAAGUUGAAUUAACUAAAGGUGAUGCACUUGUAAGAUGGUUCAAAGAUGAUACAGAAAUACAGUUUUCUGAACAUAUUCAACUUUCAAUUGAUGGAAAGCGUCAAAGAUUGAAAAUAUAUCAAGCUAAAGAUAGCGAUGCUGGUGUUUAUACCUGUCAGGUUGGAGAUCAGAAAUCCAAGGCUAAGCUUACUGUUCAAGAACCCAAAGUUGAAUUUAUUACAAGAUUACCAGAUGUAACAAUGUUGCCGGUUGGUUCGGAUGCUGAAUUUGUUGUUGAGCUAUCCAGAAGUGAUGUGGAAGUUAAAUGGCUUAAGAAAGGAAAAGAAAUUAAACAAUCAGAUAAGUUCAUUAUUUCUUCUGAUGGACCAAAACACAAACUGAUUAUAAAGAAAGUCACUCUAGAAGAUCAAUCAGACUACUCUUGUAUUGCUAUGAAUAUAAAAACAACCACUAAACUAAAGAUUGAAGUUAUUGAAACUGCUCCCAAAAUCCAAGUUGCUGAAAAAACAUAUAAAGUCCAAAGAGGAGAGGAUGUGGAAAUAGUAGUCAAAUUCACAGGAACUCCUAAACCAUCUGCUGAAUGGUCAGUUAAUGGAACUGUCAUAAUCCCUAACAAAAGGAUAUCUUCUAAGGUUGAAGAAGAUUCAGCUACUCUAACAAUAAAGAAGGUUGUUGACACUGAUGUAGGAAAUUAUGUUGUCAAAUUGAAGAACAGUGUUGGGGAAGCCUCAGCUGAACUAACACUGAUCAUAAUAGAUGUUCCUGAUGCUCCUGGAAUCCCAGAGGUUGUUGAAAUAACAAAUACAAGCAUUACACUCCACUGGGCUGAACCUAAAUCUGAUGGCAACAGUCCUAUAAAAUGUUACAUAUUAGAACAUCAUGACAAAGAAGAAUUCCUCACAUGGCAUGAAAUUACAGAAAUUAGUUCAACAACUCACAAAGUGACAAAACUAGUUACUGGUCAUGAAAUGAUGUUCAGGGUUAGUGCAGUUAACUCAGUUGGUCGGGGCAAGACAUCAGACUCCAGCCGCUAUAUCAAAAUCCAGUUGCCGACAGGAGGUACUGCUCCGACUGUCUGUAAACCUCUGAAUGAUACAGCAUCAGGUCUUGGCUCCAGUGUAACACUGGAAUGCGUCAUCUCUGGAUUCCCUCAGCCUGAAGUGAAAUGGUUUAAGGAUGGAAAACCAUUAAAGACUAAAACUAUCACCUAUACAGACAAUGUUGCAAAGCUUACAAUUUCAAAGUGUGUUGAGAUUUCUGGAGGUGUCUACUCUUGUAAAGCUACUAAUAGUUCUGGAACUGCUGAGACGAAUUGUAAAUUGACUAUUCAAGAUAUUCCAACAUUAUCUAUUGAUAAUGACCAAUUAUCAGUUCAAGUGGGCAUUGCUAGUCAAUGGAAACCCAUUAUUACUUACUCAGGAUAUCCUAAACCAGAAUUAAAGUGGUUUAAGGAUGGAAAACAACUGGUAGAAGAUAAAAGGAUAAAGUGUUACAUUGAUGAAAAAUCAACAACAAUAGCAAUUUACUCCACAGAAAGAAUAGACAGUGGUAUUUAUACAGUAAAGGCUACCAACAUUGCUGGAACUGCUACACUUGACCUGAACUUGAGAGUGAUAGACAAACCUAGUUGCCCUCAGUCAGUACAAAUAAAAGAUAUUGAGUCAGAAUCAGUGACAGUUUGUUGGCAACCUCCUGUCGAUGAUGGCGGAGUUGAUAUUUCCAAGUAUUCCUUGGAAAAAUGUGAAAUCUCAAAGAAAAUAUGGACAAAGGUCGCUGAUAUCGAAAGAGAUGCAAGAUCAUACUCUGUGCAGAGGCUCUUAACUAAUGCAGAAUACAUGUUCAGAAUAUUUGCUCAGAAUCCAGUUGGUGUUUCAGAGCCAGCAGAAAGUGAAUCUGUCAGAGUACAGUCCAAAUAUGGUUUGCCAUCAGCACCUGAAGGACCAUUAGAAAUAUCAGGUAUGACUGAUACUUCUUGUACUCUCUCAUGGGGAGUUCCAUUCUCAGAUGGCGGUACUCCAAUUCUUGAUUAUCUAGUAGAAAGGAGAGAAUCAGGAAAUGCAUGGAUCAAGAUUGGUUCCACUAAAGAACUGCAUAUUGUAACAUCUAGUCUUAAGAAAGGUGUCUCAUAUGAGUUCAAAGUUUCAGCAAGAAACAGAGUUGGAGAAGGACAAUCACUUUUGUCUGAUCAAAUUAUAGCUGGAACUAAAAAGAGCUCUCAUUAUGACAAAGAGUCAGCUAUAUUGGCUUUGCUUGCUUCAUACCCAACUGCAAGAUUUUCCUAUUCAAGUCCUCCACCUCCUUCACCACCAGAAAAUGUACAAGUAACAAAUAUUGCCAGUAAGAGUGUUACACUUACUUGGGAGCCUCCUUUAUCAAAUGGAGGUUCAGAAUUAACAGGCUAUGUGAUUGAAAAACAGGCUGUGAUGAGUAAUUUAUGGACAAAAGUGGUUACAUUGGAUGCAACUGUUACAAAUUAUACAGUUGAAAAUCUUAAGGAAAAAUCAGAAUUUUACUUUAGGGUGUUUGCUGAAAACGGUAUAGGCCUUAGUUUUCCAACCACAACUAGUCUUGUAAGCCUGAAGACACAUGCAACUGUUCCAUCUCCACCAACGGCUCCACUCGAAGUGAGAUCAACAGGAGCUACUUCUGUGUUCUUAGCAUGGGGUGUUCCUGAAUCAGAUGGUGGCGCUCCUCUUGAAGGUUAUAAGGUAGCCGUGAGGGAUGUUAAGAAAACUAUGUGGAUGGAAGUAGGACGGGUUUCUGCUGACGUGCAAAGGCUAACCGUCAAGGACCUACAGGAAAAUCACGAAUACUUAAUACGAAUUUUCGCUCGAAAUGAAGUUGGGUUUAGCAAACCACUCGAGUCUGAUGAACCUUUCAGAGUUCAGAGGCCGACAGUGGAAGCAGAGGAUACUGACUUAGAAGAAUUAGGCUUUGAUAAAGAAACACCAUCUUUAUCGUUUACAACAACAACCACCCAGUCAUGGAUGAGAGAAGCUGGUAUGGAUGCAGAUAUCUAUUCUUAUUCAAGGUCAUCACUCCUCCGCAGAAGUGAAUAUUUCUUCAGAAUAUGGUACUAUGCAAAAAACCUUUUUCAGUGA